CGAAGCCGCGGGAGCGCCGGGAGCCCCCGCCCCGCCGCGCCGCCCCCGCCUCCCGCGCCUUCCGCCCGCACCUUGGGCCGUAGGUGCGCCGAUCGGUCGGCGGAGCGGCCCGGCCGGAGCGGCUCCGGGCUCUGCGUCCAUCAGCCCCUCCGUCGCCGCGGGAGCUGCCCGGAGGCGUCAUGUAGCCGCACCGCGACCCUCCCGCCGAUCGGCCACUGCUGACUUGUUUGUAUUUAUUUUUUGGGGGAGGGCGUCGGGGGCGCGGCCACACCUCUCCCCGGCCCGCCUCCUCGCGCCUCCGGUCCGCGCGCCGCACCGCCUCUCCAGCCGCGGGUCGGGGAGCGCGGGCGGCGGGUCCCCGCGCAGGAGCCAUGGCCGAGGACGGCGCCGAGGUGCCCCGCGAGCUGACAGAGAGCAUCAAGGACGUCCUCGGCAGGAAGGUCAGGAUCGCCCUGAAGAAGAAGGUCAGGUUGGAAGUGAAAGGGGACAAGCUUGAAAACAAGGUGCUGGUGCUGACGGCCUGCCGGGCCUUCCUGCUCGCAGCGCGGAUCCCCUCCAAGCUCGAGCUGACCUUCAGCUACUUGGACAUUCAGGGCGUCACGUGCAGCAAGCCCGCGCAGAUGGCCGUGGAAACCGAGAAGUACAGCUUGUCCCUGAGGAUGGCCGCGCCCGAGGACGUGAGCGAGGUGCUGGCCCACGUGGGCUCCUGCCUGCGGAGGAUCUUUCCCGGCCUGUCUCCUGUGAAAAUCAUGAAGAGGGUGUCCAUGGAGCCGUCGGAGCGGCUGGCCAGCCUGCAGGCCGAGUGGGACAGCCAGCCGGCAGCCGAGCAGGGCCCCUGUGGCGGGUUUUCGCAGAUGUACGCCUGUGUCUGCGACUGGCUCGGCUUCCCAUACAGGGAGGAAGUGCAGUGGGAUGUGGACACGAUCUACCUGACGCAGGACACUCGGGAGCUGAACCUGCAGGACUUCAGUCACCUGGACCACAGGGACCUGAUCCCCAUCAUCGCUGCCCUGGAGUACAACCAGUGGUUCUCCAAGCUGUCCUCCAAGGACCUUAGGCUGUCCUCCGACGUGUGUGAGCAGAUCCUGAGGGUGGUGAGCAGGUCCAGUCGGCUGGAGGAGCUGGUGCUGGAAAACGCUGGGCUGAGGAUAGAGUUUGCACAGAAACUGGCCAGUGCGCUCGCACACAACCCCAGCUCAGGACUGCACACCAUCAACCUUGCUGGCAACGCACUGGAGGACCGAGGUGUGGCCUCUUUAAGUGUUCAAUUUGCCAAACUCCCAAAGGGAUUAAAGCAUUUAAAUUUAUCUAAAACCUCAUUGUCACCUAAAGGGGUGAACUGCCUCUCUCAGUCUCUCAGUGCCAACCCGCAGACCGCCACCGCCCUCACGCACCUGGACCUCUCAGGGAACAGCCUUCGCGGAGAUGACCUCUCGCCCAUGUACAGCUUUCUGGCCCAGCCCAACGCCCUCACGCACCUGGAUCUCUCCAGCACCGAGUGCGCCCUGGACAUGGUCUGCGCGGCGCUGCUCCGAGGCUGCCUGCAGUACCUGGCCGUGCUCAACCUCUCCCGGACCGUCUUCUCUCACCGGAAAGGGAAGGAGGUGCCGCCCUCCUUCCGGCAGUUUUUCAGCAGCUCCCUGGCGCUGACGCACAUCAACCUCUCGGGCACCAAGCUGGCGCCCGAGCCCUUAAAGGCGCUGCUGCUCAGCCUGAACAGCAACCGCAACCUGAAGGCGGUCUCCCUCGACCUCAGCAGCUGCGAGCUGGGCCUCUGUCUGAGGUCAGGGGGCGCACAGGUGUUGGAGGGCUGCAUCGCCGAGAUCCACAACAUCACCAGCUUGGACAUCUCCGACAAUGGCUUGGAGUCCGACCUCUCCACCUUGAUCGUGUGGCUCAGCAGGAACAGGUCCAUCCAGCACCUGGCCUUGGGCAAGAACUUCACCAACAUGAAACCCAAGAACCUGACGCCCGUGCUGGACAGCCUGGUGCAGAUGAUCCAGGACGAGGAGUCGCCUCUGCAGUCCCUGUCCCUGGCCGACUCCAAGCUCAAGACUGAGGUCACCAUCAUCAUCAACGCCCUGGGCAGCAACACGUCCCUGACCAAAGUGGACAUCAGCGGGAACGCCAUGGGCGACAUGGGCGCCAAGAUGCUGGCCAAAGCGCUGCAGAUCAACACCAAGCUCAGGACGGUGAUCUGGGACAAGAACAACAUCUCUGCUCAAGGCUUCCAGGACAUAGCCGUGGCCAUGGAGAAGAACUACACGCUGCGGUUCAUGCCGAUCCCCAUGUACGACGCCGCCCAAGCCCUCAAGACAAACCCCGAGAAGACGGAGGAGGCUCUGCAGAAGAUAGAAAACUACCUGCUCCGGAACCACGAGACCAGGAAGUACCUGCAGGAGCAGGCCUACCGCCUCCAGCAGGGCAUCGUCACCAGCACCACCCAGCAGAUGAUGGACAGGAUGUGCGUGAAGGUCCAAGAUCACCUCAACUCCCUGCGGAACUGCGGGGGCGAUGCCGUCCAGGAGGACGUGCGGUCGGCCGAGCGGCUCAUGCGGGACGCCAAGAACUCCAAGACGCUGCUGCCAAACCUGUACCACGUGGGCAGCGCGUCCUGGGCGGGAGCCAGCGGCCUGCUGUCCAGCCCCGUGCAGGAGACGCUGGAGUCCAUGGCCGGGGAGGUCACCAGGGUUGUCGACGAGCAACUAAAGGCCCUGCUGGAGUCCAUGGUGGACGCGGCCGAGAGCCUGUGCCCCCACGUGAUGAAGAAGGCGCACGUGCGGCAGGACCUGAUCCUCGCCGGCUCCGAGAAGCUGUCCGUGCCCCGCGCCUUCGUGAAGAACGUGCUGCUGGAGCAGUCGGGCGUGGACAUCCUCAACAAGAUCAGCGAGGUGAAGCUGACCGUGGCCUCCUUCCUGUCCGACCGGAUCGUGGACGAGCUCCUGGACGCCCUGUCGCACUGCCAUCACCGACUGUCCGACCACUUCAGCCGGAGGGGCCGGGCCCUUCCUGCCUCCGAGGCCUCGGACGCGAAGCCCGCGGACGAGAAGCCGGCCCGGCCCCCGGUCCUCGCGGUGGAGGAGCUCACGGAGCUGGAGCGCCUGGAGGACCUGGACACCUGCCUGAUGACCCCUAAGUCCAAGAGGAAGACGAUCCACAGCCGGAUGCUGCGGCCGGUGUCCCGGGCCUUCGAAAUGGAGUUCGACCUGGACAAGGCCCUGGAGGAGGUGCCCAUCCACGUGGAGGACCCGCCCCUCCCCUCCCCGCCCCGCCCCGCCGAGAAGCGGAGCUCCGGGCUCAUCCCCGAGCUGCCCUCCGAGGAGGGCCGGAAGCUGGAGCACUUCACCAAGCUGCGGCCCCGGCGCAACAAGAGGCAGCGGCCCACGCAGGCGGCGGUCAGUGCUGCGACCAUGGUCCCGCAGGACGGCGAGCGGAACGGCCUCAUGGGGAGAGUGGACGAAGGCGUGGACGAGUUUUUCACCAAGAAGGUGACCAGGAGGAGGUCCUCGGCCAGAGGCCCCGAGGCCCCGGACCUCGGCGACGGGAGCGACGAGAAGAAGAAGAGAGAGUCUCGGAGGAGCGGCUUCCUCCACCUCAUCAAGCCCCGGACCAGGGCCGAGCGGCCACCCACGGUCUUGAUGGCGGAGGAGCCGUCCUCGCCCAGAGGGGCGGGCAGAGGCCCAGUGGACGCGCCCCGGCGGGAAGCGAGGCCGGCCGAGCACGACGGCAGCUCCGAGCGGACGGAGGAGGUGCAGACGCCCGAGCCCCCGGAGCACGGGGAGGACGCGGGGCGGCCGGAGCCCGGCGACGGCAGGGGCAGCCCCCCGGGCGGCCGGCGGUACGGCGUCCAGGUGAUGGGCAGCGGCCUGCUGGCUGAGAUGAAGGCCAAGCAGGGGCGGCGAGCGGCCGGCGCGCACCAGUUUGGAGGAGAAGCUGGGGCCCGCAGCCCCAGGAGUUCCAGGACCAGAAGCCGUGGUCCCCCAGCAGGGACGGCCGGCAGGGCAGCAAGGCCAGCGACUCGGGGGAGGAUGCUGAGAAGGAGUUCAUCUUUGUGUGAAGGUCACGGCCCCAGACAUCCGGGCAGGUGCCUGGCGGCCUCCUCGGCCUCGUCUCCGUGCUGCUUUCUCUGCUCUGUCCUUUCCAUGGAACCAGAAGCAGACCCACUGCUUGGUGAUCAGCACACGUGCUCCGGCUUCUCCCGGCGCAGGCGUUCUGCCUGUGCCUUCGCCGGUGCCAGCCGGUGCCGCGGCCUUACUUGAAUUUCUCCGAGGCGGCUCUGCUGCCCUGUGGGAGGAGGUGGGGAGGGGCCCGGCCACUGGGCGCGCUCCCAUGGGCACCGUCCGGGGCCGGGGGCCCUCCGCCCAGGCCUGUCAGACGGCCCCCGGCCCCCGGAGCGGCUUCCUCGCUGUAGCAGCUGCACUCGUAGUUAAGACGGCGCACUAACGAGCCCCCGAGUAGACGUAUGUGCCGAGUCCGGAUGGCGUGUCCAUCCCCACACGGUCAGCGGCCUGGGCCCUCCCGGCAGGCGCGGUGGGGACUGGGCAGGGGCCGCGGCCGCCUCCCCACAUGCUGGGUAGAGGUGCACAGUGGGCUGGAGUGAGGGUGUACGGAUGUGUUCGUUUUUUAAAAAUUUCUUUACUUUCUGUCUGCAUAUGAGCUUUGAAUGUGUAAUUUUAAGAGAGAAUUUAAGAGACCGGCAAACAAAUAAAAAAAUACUACUCUUUCUACGACACGUCGCACAUGGUCACUUCCCCGACACGCGGGAGGUGUUUUACGAAACGUAUAUUUAUACCAAUAAAUGAUCUUACCAGGGG